CUCUCUCUGUAUCUAUAUCUAUACAUACAGAAAAUCAGCUAAUCCCCAUUCCUCUUCCCACACCCAUUCGGAUUACAGAACACUCUGUUUUUCCCCUGUUUCUAAUUGAAACCCCAAAUAUGACUCAACAAAAUGUGGUCGUCCCCAAAUCCAACCUGAACAUCGCCAUAACAGUGGCGGUCUCCAACUCCUCCGCCGCCAUCUUCACCACCGCCGCCCACAAGCCCCCCGGCGGCGGCUUCAUGAACUUCGCCAUUUCAUCCAAGAACCUCCUCCAGGUUGACGCCAAUGGCGCCGCCAAAAUCAACUCCUGGGUUGACUCAAUGAGAGCUUCCUCCCCUACUCCUGCCCAGAACUGCGCUCUCUCCGACGACCAUAGCUCCUGGAAGCUGCAACAUCCAUCCGCUCUGGACAUGUUCGAGCAGAUAAUAAAAGCUUCAAAAGGAAAGAAAAUCGUGAUGUUUCUGGACUACGACGGCACCCUCUCCCCCAUCGUCGACGACCCUGAUCGGGCUUUCAUGUCUGACGCGAUGAGGGCAACCGUGAGAAAACUUGCUAGAUAUUUCCCGACUGCCAUAGUCAGCGGAAGGUGCAGAGACAAGGUCUACAGUUUUGUAAAAUUGGCUGAGUUGUACUAUGCUGGGAGCCAUGGUAUGGACAUAAAAGGCCCUUCAAAAGGUUCCAAAUACUUGAAAGGAGCUCAGGCUGUUCUUUUCCAACCAGCUAGUGAAUUCCUCCCCAUGAUCAACGAGGUGUACACAGCCCUGUUGGAUAAAACAAGAUCCAUUCCUGGUGCUACAGUGGAGCACAACAAAUUUUGUGUGUCCGUACACUUCCGCUGCGUGGAACAAAACAAAUGGGGUGAGUUAGCACAAGAAGUAAGAUCGGUUCUUAAACAAUACCCAAAGCUUCGAUUAUCCCAAGGAAGAAAAGUGUUAGAGAUUCGACCAACAAUUAAGUGGGACAAAGGCAAAGCUCUUGAGUUCUUGCUCGAAUCUCUUGGAUAUGCUAACUGUACUGACGUCUUCCCUGUUUAUAUCGGAGAUGAUAGAACUGAUGAAGAUGCCUUCAAGGUGUUGAGAGAAAGAGGACAAGGUUUUGGCAUUCUUGUCUCUAAAACUCCAAAAGACACCCAUGCGUCUUAUUCCUUGCAGGAGCCAUCCGAGGUUAUGGUAUUUUUGCGUCAAUUAGUAGAGUGGAGAAAAAUGACAUUAAGGAGACAGUGUAGGUUGAGAAGAGAACUUGAAGAGGUGAAGGCAUCUAUCAGAAAGUGAUAUAUCAAAUCAGAUCAAUUAAGGGCUUAUAAUAUUGGCAGUAGAAAUAUAAUUUAAAAUGCAUAUAUGUAUUUUCUAGAUUAAUUUAUAAUAACAAAAUAUGGAAUAGAGAAGGGAAAAAGAAGGGGAAAAAAUGGCUAUUCUCCCCUUUUCUUUUUUUUUCUUUUUUUUUUUUUUUUGGUGGCUAGAAUGGUGUUGUACAUUUUGUGUAACCAGCUUUGUACAAGUGGGCAAUUUGUAAUUCAGCUAUCUCUAAAUGCAAAAUAGAAUUCAGUACA